AUGCUGUCUGACCAGCUGGGAGGGCCGCUCGGUGGUCCGAGAGUGCUGUCGGGGCGCACUGAUUUCGAAGCAUCGGAAAUGAUGCACUUGGAGGACUGGGAGUGGUCAGAGGGCUCGGAGACCGGGCGUGGCUGGAGGGCGCUGCUCUCGGAGGACCGGAAGUGGUUGGCGGGUGCUGCUCUCGGAGGACUGGAGUGGUUGGAGGGCGCUGCUCUCGAAGGACCGGGAGUGGUCGGAGGGCGCUGCUCUCGGAGGACCGGAAGUGGUUGGCGGGUGCUGCUCUCGGAGGACUGGAGUGGUUGGAGGGCGCUGCUCUCGAAGGACCGGGAGUGGUCGGAGGGCGCUGCUCUCGGAGGACCGGAGUGGUUGGAGGGCGCUGCUUUCGGAGGACCGGAGUGGUUGGAGGGCGCUGCCUCGGAGGACCGGAGUGGUUGGAGGGCGCUGCUGAGGACCGGAGUGGUUGGAGGGCGCUGCUCUCGGAGGACCGGGAGUGGUCGGAGGGCGCUGCUCUCGGAGGACCGGAGUGGUUGGAGGGCGCUGCUCUCGGAGGACCGGGAGUGGUCGGAGGGCGCUGCUCUCGGAGGACCGGAGUGGUUGGAGGGCGCUGCUCUCGGAGGACCGGAGUGGUUGGAGGGCGCUGCUGAGGACCGGAGUGGUUGGAGGGCGCUGCUCUCGGAGGACCGGGAGUGGUCGGAGGGCGCUGCUCUCGGAGGACCGGAGUGGUUGGAGGGCGCUGCUCUCGGAGGACCGGGAGUGGUCGGAGGGCGCUGCUCUCGGAGGACCGGAGUGGUUGGAGGGCGCUGCUCUCGGAGGACCGGGAGUGGUCGGAGGGCGCUGCUCUCGGAGGACCGGAGUGGUUGGAGGGCGCUGCUCUCGGAGGACCGGAGUGGUUGGAGGGCGCUGCUGAGGACCGGAGUGGUUGGAGGGCGCUGCUCUCGGAGGACCGGGAGUGGUCGGAGGGCGCUGCUCUCGGAGGACCGGAGUGGUUGGAGGGCGCUGCUCUCGGAGGACCGGGAGUGGUCGGAGGGCGCUGCUCUCGGAGGACCGGAGUGGUCGGAGGGCGCUGCUCUCGGAGGACCGGAGUGGUUGGAGGGCGCUGCUCUCGGAGGACCGGGAGUGGUCGGAGGGCGCUGCUCUCGGAGGACCGGAGUGGUCGGAGGGCGCUGCUCUCGGAGGACCGGAGUGGUUGGAGGGCGCUGCUCUCGGAGGACCGGGAGUGGUCGGAGGGCGCUGCUCUCGGAGGACCGGAGUGGUUGGAGGGUACAGCGCUUGGAGGACUGGGGGAGCCGGCGUUGACGCGGCGCUGGUAGAAGGGAGGUUCUCUGCGAAGAUCCAGAUUAACCCGGACUGAUUUGACAUAAUGGUUAGACACAGCAAAUUACAGAAACAGGUGUUAAAACUUUACAAACAAUUCCUCCAAGCUGCUAAAGAUAAACCUGGCUUUUUGCCUCUGAUUCGGGAUGAAUUU